UUCUUAUUCAUCUUUCUAUAAACGCGACCUCUGAGACUCAUCUUUCGAAUUUCUCCUUGACCGUCAUGUCCACUCACCAGUGGAACGAAUCAGAACCUUCUGACGAAGAAGGUAACCAAGAAAUACUCGCAACUAGGAAGCGUAGUAGCAGAGCUUGUGAUCAGUGCAGAAAGACGAAGAGCAAAUGCGAGCCAUCCGGAACUCCUGGCACUUGCAAGAGUUGCACGAUAGCGGGAAACACAUGUACAUUUCUGGGCCCGAGUUAUAAGCGUGGUCCUCCUAAGGGUUAUAUACAAGCGAUCGAACAACGAUGGCACCAGGUAGAGUCCCUUCUUGGCGCAGUUCUUUCUUGUCCAGAUACCCGAGUACGACAAGUCAUUGCCGAUAUAAGGCAAGAUGAUCUUGCAAGAGAAAUUCUCAAUCGAGUAGACACAGGUCCAUUUGGACCUUCGGGUAGACUUUCACAGCCAGCCGGAGCAACAAAAGAAGACUUCUUUGCAUGUAUAUUCCGGAGCAACGAAGGUUCAGCUCGUGAUUCUCCUCGUUCCCGAAGGCAGUCCAGGAUUUCAAGAGAAAUUGUAUCAUCAUCGAGAGACAACACACUUUCAACAAUACCAACUUCGGAGUGGCAAGAUCGCCUGUCAGCAAGUCUGACGAGAGGAAAUGUCGGCAGCCACGGCGUGCCUCCAAGCUACAAUAUUAGCGGGCCUCCUUUGCAACAACGGCGGCGGCUCGACAUACCGUCAACCAGCAGUAGUCCACCAAACUGGAAUGAUAUGUACACGAUGGAUGCAUUUUCAGAAUCAGACAGUACCGAUGAAUGUCAUGGGCCAGAUACUGCUUUUGGCCAGCUCUCUCUGGAUGAGAAUCAAGAGGUUCGAUACCACGGGAAAGUCAGUGGCCUCCAUCUUUUGGGACGUAGCUCCCGUUUGGAUAGCCGAAAUGAGGGGGGAAUAUGGAAACUGCCUAUGGCACGCUUUUGGCCUUCCGCAAAAACUAAUAGAAUCCCUGUUCCACCAGACGAAGGUGUCAGUGUCAACUUACCUCCAUUUGUGGUGCAAGAUUAUCUAGUCGAUUUAUAUUUCACUUAUGCACAUCCGGUUUUCCCUGUAAUCCACAAGGGCCGUUUCCUGAGGGACUACAGCGAGUGGAAGCAAAGUAGUAAUCCAACCACACCAGAGUCUGCGAGGGGCACUCCAUACUCUGCCAGUCCAGAACCUUCACAGACGGUGACCAAGCUGCUUCUGUUGGCCGUCUUUGCCAUCGCCGCUCGUUAUCAGGAUAGCAGCGCUCCUACAACUGUUGACGCGAUGUGGGAGGCUGGCAAUGACUACCUCGCGCAAGCGAGGACAGCGCUCGCACAAGUCUAUCAUAGUUCUCGCGCGACUACAUGUCAAGCCUUGCUUCUCCUGGGCCAUCGAGAAUUCGGGAUAGGUUCUAUGGAGCAAGGCUGGCUUUACAUUGGUAUGGCGAUAAGGAUGGCUCAGGACCUCGGAUUAAAUCGUGCUGCGGAUAACUGGCAGUUCCAAGGAAGAAAAAUGUUCUCACUUGAGGAGAACCAGGUCAGAAAGCACAUAUGGUGGGCCUGUUGCAUUGCAGACAAAUACGGCUCAAUAUAUAUGGGUCGUCCCGUGUCAAUCGCUGAGGGCGACUUUGAUACACUUCUUCCAAAUCCCGCUGAAUACGACGAAGACAGCUGCACCGAAUCAGCACCUUUGCAGUACACAUCGACACCGCUGACGAUGAGCUGCUUCAAAGCUGCCGCAUCACUAUCCGUUUUGAUUGGUUCUAUUGUGACAAUGAUUUACCCCGUCCGCUCUACGGGAAGGGGCUCGCGGCGGGCGGUCUUAAACAAUCUAGAGUCUAGACUGGACCAAUGGUACAUCGACCUCCCUGGUAAUCUUCGGUAUGAUCCAGCCAGUAAGCGAAAUACUCCGCCACCGGUGGUUCUCUUUGUCCAUAUCAAAUAUUGGUCUGCGGUAUUAUUGUUACAUCGAGCGUUCAUUCCCGAUUGGAAAGGAUCAGAACAGAUAUUACAGAAUCCUCCCAGCGGAUCUGACACGGCCUCCCUGAAAGCUUUCGAUCUCUGCCAAAGUGCCGCCACUUAUAUCAGCACAAUAGUAACGACAUAUCACGAAAACUUCAAUAUCAAACGCAGUUCACCGUGCCUGUCGGCAUAUAUUCUUAGUGCUGGAAUUAUGCACAUUGUGACUUUAACACUGCGGCCAUCAAAUGUUCAGGCUUAUAUUGGCUUGCGACAAUGUCUUGCCGUUUUGAAAGCAAUGCAGACUACAUGGCCUAGCGCUGGAAGAGCUUGGGAUCUUCUUAAUGGUGUGAGAGUGCAAGUGGACAGUAACAUGCCACCUUUGGUGCAUGGCCCUGAUCGUCAAAAGAGAGCAGCAGAUGAUGCAUUUGGCGAAAGGAGCUCUGAUGUCCUGCAACGCGAGGCGUUUGGUGACCUUUUACCAAGAGAACGUGCUCCACAAAACAGUGGUAUCCAGGAGAUCAGCACCCGAAUGAUGGCGCACAUGCUUGGCCUUGACAUCCCUGGCAUUGAGCCCUCGACCUCGUAUUACCCGGGUUACGAGUGGUGGCCACGAGCCAACCAACCUUCACCUCAGUCGUACCACGGAUCAUCUACAGGUGUAGCUUCGGUGAUCAAUAUGGAUUAUCCUCCACCUCCACCAACCAACCAAGACUGGGGAGUUCAAAAUCCGGCCUCCAACUUUUCAUACGAGUAUCAGAAUGCGCCACCUGAUCAUUAUCACAUGUAGCGGGCUAAUUAUCUUUGUCGUCUUAGCGUAGAACGCCACCAAUAAUAAUCCAUCGUCCCUCGUCGCCUACUUCACUUACAAAGGUACAACAUUGAUUAUGUAACUUAUGUAAUGGACCUACAAGAACCUCUAAAUUGAACGAUUGCAACUGCUGCAA